UGCAUACGAACAUGGACAUAAGCAUUCACGAGACGUCAAAUGCCUCUUCGUCCCAGUCUUAACAGCAGGUCACCGCCGCCGGGCGUUGUCGGAAGCUCCCUCCUUGGGCUGUGAUGCUCGACUGGGAUGUAGGGUUCGUAUGUGGCUCGACUGCAAGUAUACGGGCUUUGCGGAUUUAUUUAGGUCUAAGGCCGUAGCUGGCUUCAGUUCAUCAGCGAUUAGCACCGCGAUUCUAUCUCCGAAAAACCAUUAAAAAUCCUAUAGCGUAGGCAGAGACAGGAGUGCUGAGGCUCUGGUAUAAGCCCCAAAGCUACCGAGUCCUCAUCUCUUUUCACUAUGCAACCUAUCAAGAUUUACAAUGGACCACACGGUCAGGGACCAAACCCCUGGAAGCCCAUUAUCUUACUUGAGGAACUUGGGCUACCGUACGAAAUAGUCUGGAUCCCGUAUGCCGAGAUCAAGUCGGAACCGUAUACAUCUCUAAACCCGAAUGGGCGGUUGCCCGCCAUGAUUGAUCCAAAUAGGAACGUCACCUUAUUUGAAUCUGGAGCUAUCAUAAACUAUAUCAUCGAUACGUAUGAUAAGAAGCUCAAGCUCACGUAUGGUGAUGAUAGGUUUGAGGAGAAAUGGCUGCUUCAGAGUUGGCUUAUGUUCCAGAUGAGUGCCCAGGGUCCGAUGUUUGGCCAAAAGACAUGGUUCACUCAUAUCCAUAUAGAGCAGAACCUCCAAACGGCGAUAGACCGGUACGGAAACGAGGCAAAACGCAUCAUUAGCGUGGUAGAUAGUUCACUGCGCAAGCAGAGACAAAAGCUAGGGCUUGCCGCCGAUGAACCAGUCUGGCUCGUCGGUGAUAAGUGUACUUAUGCUGACCUCGCAUUCGUCUCGUGGAAUACGUUUCUGGGCACAAUGUUUCCUUCAGGAGGUCUGGAUCUAGAGAAGGAAUUCCCUGAGUACUAUCGAUGGUUUAUGAACACAGCCAACCGACCGGCUACAAAGAAGGUCCUCGAGUUCAGGGAGGAAUGUAUUAGGACGAUGAAAGAUACCGCAAUGCAGGUGGUUGAACGACAGGCUGAUGCGCAUAAAUUGCCAGUGUAUGAAAAAACGCUUGGUUCCAGCGAUUCCUGAAAGGGGCUGAUCCUACCUGAGACAUCUUAUAAUUGUUAAGAUUCAAAUUGAAGGUCUU